GGGGAGGGAAGGAGGAGGAGGAAGAGGGAGGGAGGGGAAAAAAGACAUCUAGGGCUGACACGGAGUGAUAAUGACGCUUUCUUUUCCUCCUUCUUUCUAAUCCCGUGUCACUGGAAAAGAGGGCGGAGAGGCUCCGUCAGGUGAUCGUCAAUGGGCCGGACCAAGAUGGCGGCCGGUUGGUGGCGCCUGAGGAGAGGCGGCCGAGGAGGCUUUACCUGUAGUUAAGAAGAACUCGUGGGUAGGGGGGCCAAAGAAGGAGGAGCCCACGAGGCCGAAGACUUAUUUCAUAUAUAUCGUUAAAGGAGGGUGUGUGUGGCCGCUCUAGAGUUUCCUUCCCACAGCCUUCUCGGGAGAUGGUGGCUUGGCCGUGGGAGUGAACAAGCCGGCGGCGGCGACUCUUCAGCGUGUGCCUUUUUUUUUCCAGGGAGGGGUUAUGGUGUGGCUGGACGGUGCCUGGGGUUCUUAAAAGAAGCCGCCUCUUUUUCUCCAAGCCAUGGCUCUGAGGGAGCUCAAAGUUUGCUUGCUCGGGGACACUGGUGUGGGCAAAUCAAGCAUUGUAUGGCGCUUUGUAGAAGAUAGCUUUGAUCCCAACAUCAAUCCAACUAUUGGAGCAUCUUUUAUGACCAAGACUGUACAGUAUCAGAAUGAGUUACAUAAGUUCCUAAUAUGGGAUACAGCUGGACAAGAGCGAUUUCGUGCUCUUGCACCAAUGUACUACCGAGGGUCUGCAGCAGCUAUUAUUGUGUAUGACAUCACAAAAGAGGAAACAUUUUCAACAUUAAAGAACUGGGUGAAAGAACUUCGCCAGCACGGACCUCCCAAUAUUGUUGUAGCUAUUGCUGGAAAUAAGUGUGAUCUUAAUGAUGUGAGAGAAGUCAUGGAAAAGGAUGCUAAGGACUAUGCAGACUCCAUCCAUGCAGUAUUUGUAGAGACAAGUGCAAAAAAUGCAAUAAACAUAAAUGAGCUCUUUAUAGAAAUUAGUCGUAGGAUUCCAUCAACAGAUACCAGCCCUCCUUCUAGUGGUAAGGGCUUCAAACUUAGAAGACAGCCUUCAGUGACAAAACGCAGCUGCUGUUGACUGAUAUUAUAAUAUAUCAGACUACCUUUUACAAAGUAUUUGGCCUUGGAAGUUAAGGGUUUGUUUUAAGUAUAUCUUAAUGAUAUUGGAUUCCUGUCUGCCUGAUGUUCAUAGACCCCAAAAUGGACCAGCUCUGACAUAUUUACAGAUGCUAAGGAGACAACCGUGGUCUUGCUGUCAAACCUGUUUCCUUGUGUACAACAUACAGAUUUACUCUUGUACUCAGAGGGAAUCAUCUUUAAUUUCUGCAUUAGCCAUGUGCAAAAGAGACUUCAGUAUACAAAUUGUAAGACUUGAUAUUUCAUAGUUUUUGUAAACAAAAUUUUGCCAUUUUUUGUAAAGGGAGGGUGGGAGGGAGGAAAACUAGCACUUUCAAGAAUUCUUGUAGGAGCGGGCAAGUCCUGUGGAUAGAAAUGUAAACUCUUAAUUCAUUUCUACACUCCUCAUCAUUGUUGCUAUAAGCCUUACUGCAUUCAUUGUUGCUUCUUCAAAGUAUGGAAUGAAGAGCUGAUUUGUAGAUGGUUGCAAAAAUAAUGAAAUGGGGGGGGGGAGACCAAAUCAACCUAUCUAGUUCCCAAUUUUAAUUGCACUUUUAUUAUUUACUGUUGAUAUAUUUAGAAAAACAAAUAAGAUGUUCUUUUUUGAAAAAAGAGGAGCAAACUAAGCCUUAGACAAUCUUACAUUUUAAACAUAAUUAUUUUAGAGAAAAACAGGCACAUUUUAAAGAAAUCCCUUACUAUCCUUUUCAUUAAAACAAUAGUAACAAUUCUAGAUGAACCUGACCAAAAUGAACCUGACCACUGGCAGGCUUCAGUUGUUGUCAGUAAUUUUGGAAUAAGCAUGUUGGAUGGGGAACAUUUUGAAUUGCUUCGCAUGAGCAAUUUUUAUACUCUUUAUUUAUGAGACCAAUGCCUAAAGUAUUAUAAAAUAUAUAAGUGCUAUAUAUAGAAAAGUCUGUUUCCAUUCAUCUCUCUGUCUCUUACCUCUGGGUGGCAGGGAUGGAAGGGAAUCCCGAAGUCAGGAUUACUGUGGACACAGCCUGUUAGCAUGAGCCUUGCAUUUCUGGCAUGUUCUAGUUAGUGUACUGUUGGAAGACACUCCCUUCUCUGCCCAGUUGAGGUCGCUGUUAGUGUAGCUUGGCGCUGGCUUUUGGAAGAAAUCACCUCUGCAUGAGAAAAUAGAAACCAGGAUCCAAAGCCAAGUUGUGUGGGCAGCGUGGAUCGUUGCCUCCUUGCCCUUGGGCCUAUCCUGAAGAUUAGUACUUUUUAAAUCUUGUUUUUAAGCAGACUAGUUCUUGGCUUUGUAUUGUGUUUUCAUUUUAUAUUAAACUAUAAAUUAAUCUCCCCCUAUUAUACUAUUUCUCAUUAUUUAUUUUUGUUGCAACCUGGUAGUGCAUAUGUAUGGUAGGUAUAUAUGUGUGUCUGUGUCCAUAAAAUAUAACCACUUAAAAACUCACACUAUAGAAAAUAAAUGCUAAAGCUUUGAUAUUUCAUGUUCA